CUACAGACUGUGUGAGGACAUUACUUUCAGUUUCUGUUAGGACAGGGUGUGCAUAAUAGACACAGAAAGACUGUUAGGGAACACGAGACAGACAAAAACUGAGAAAAGGAACAAGUGGGGAGUCUGAAGAAGAAAGACACUGCAGUACAAUAACAGACACUCCUGGACGAGGGACACAAGCAGCACAGAAAGUGAGGGGGGAGAGGUGAGAGAGUGGGAGAGACAGACAAUAUACAGAGAGAAAGUGAAACAUUGUAUAUUCUGAGACCUGUGCUCCCCAACAUGGCACUUCUGAAUAUCUGUGGCCCUUCUCAGGACUGGCAGUUGCCACUGUACGGAGGAAAAAUCUCACCCACAAUCAACUUCAAACCAUCGAAGACUGAGCUGGCAGUGCCCCCAGGAUGGCAGGUAUAGACAUGCAUUAAUUUUAUACAAGGUUUACUAUGAAUGCACACACAUACAUACACACACACUCUGUGUUGCCCUCAGGUAGUUAACCCACGUAGGUUUGUAGGCCAGUGCACCACUUACUGGACUGUUUACAGAAUACUAUAUAUAGCAUGUGAUCUGGAUCAGGAGCUGUGGUAUACCACGGAAAUCAAUUGCCUUUUUUAUUUCACAUGUCUCAUACAAAAAACACAAAUAGACAAAAAAUUAAAUUCCUUCAACUCCUCCUUACAACGCAAGCAAAAAAUAAUGCGUUGAUAAAGUUUGAUGAACUGUUUUAUGUUUUUGGUCUUUGUUUCUUCUUCUGGUGUAAUUACCACUUCUGUAUGACUACUGGGGCUAUUUAUUGCUGGAUUAUUGGCUAUAACUGGACACAAUUUGCACAUAUUUUGUAAAAGUUACAAAAACAAAAUAAAAAUAAGAAAUAAAAAGAGAGACAAUAAUGCUAGUGAGUAGGUUUGGAUAAUCAGAAAGUCAGUGUCCCUCUUCCUCCAUCCUUCUGUUUCUUAGUCUAGUUUCCAUAUUUGGUUUUCCUACAGCCAGCUGAGUUCCUACAUCGCUUUGAAAAAGGAGUAGAUGGUGUGAAGAUAGAGCCAUGGCAUGGAACCACCACUAUGGCCUUCAAAUUCCAGCAUGGAGUCAUCGUAGCGGUGGAUUCACGAGCAUCAGCUGGAAGUUAUGUUGGUAAGAAUAAUGAUAAUACCAAGUAUGUUAAUGAUAAUUAAUUUCAAAAUAUGGAGAUGGUGAGUAUCUUUACACUAGUAAUUAGUAUUAGAUACUAUUUAAAGCACGAUACAAUGUAUGAAUGCAAUGGCAUUGUCAUUUCAUACCUAAUGAUAAUAACUUUGUCUGGGUAGCUACAGUUAUCAUGGAAGAUUCCUUCAUAUUUAUUUUAUCCUUUUCUUAUCCUGGCAAACAAAAAAAAAUCAUGAUUACAAAGCCACUAAAUGUCUUGUAUUUCCCAACCGAUAUAAAUUGCUGCCAUUUAAAUGUUCAUAGAGUAAACCUGUUUACUAUCGGAAUGGUUAUGCUAUUAUAAUCACACCAGUGGCGACAUUGUUAAAAAACAUAAGAUCCUGUUCACAGACGCACUUUCCAAACAGAACAUUUAGACAAUGCUCCAAAAUAUACAAAAUAUAGAACGAUGUGCCUUUCUUAAAGGACCACUAUAGGCAUCCAGACCACUUCAGCUUAAUGAAGUGGUCUGGGUGCCAGGUCCAGAUAGGAUUAACCCAUUUUUCUGUUUCAGAGAAACUGCUAUGUUUAUCUAUGGGUUAAUCCAGCCUCUAGUGGCUGUCUCAUUGACCGCCGCUAGAGGUGCUUCCGCGCUUCUCACUGUGGUUUUUACAGUGAGAAGACGCUUGCGUCCAUAGGAAAGCAUUGAGAAUGCUUUCCCAUGGACUGGCUGAAUGCGCGCGCGGCUCUUGCCGUGCAUGCACAUUCAGCCGAUGACGGAAGAAGAGGGAGGAGAGGAGGAGGCGAGCUCCCUGCCCGGCGCUGGAGAAAGAGGUAAGUUUAUCCCCUUCCUCCCCCUAGAGCCCUGCGGGAGGAGGACCCCUUUGGGUGGGGGCACCCUCAGGGCACUAUAGUGCCAGGAAAACGAGUAUGUUUGUUUUCCUGGCACUAUAGUGGUCAUUUAACCCCUUAAGGACACAUGACAUGUGUGAUAUGUCAUGAUUCCCUUUUAUUCCAGAAGUUUGGUCCUUAAGGGGUUAAAGGUACACUACACUGAUCAGAUUCACUACAGUGUAAGGUUGUGGUUUUGGUGUAAACAUUCUGUCCAUGCAGUCCAUGUUUUAUAAAAACUGCCCUUUCUUUUUAAAAAGGCAGUGUGUACAUUGAUCCAUAAGAACUCAUCUAGUGAUUGUCACUCAACAAGCCACUAGAGGUGCCUCCUAUUACUAUUUGCUAUAACCUGUUAAUAUUUGGCAUCCUGAUAUUAAGCAUAAAGAUUUGGAAUGCUCCCCAAGAGGAUGCAUUGAUGUGAUGCACCUCUAUGGGGAGAUAAAGAUUAGCACAACACAGCAAUCAAUGCGCAUGCACUGUAGGCCCUUAAUUUUUUUCUGUAUAGAAGCACUGGAUUGGCUGAGAUCAUCAGCUGUGAUACUGGUGCAGCUUGCAAUAAAAAGUAAGCAUUUUGGCUUUAUUUGAGGUUACUGAGGUUACAAUAAAUAACUAACAUUAGAAAUGCAUGCUUAGAGUGUAUGUUAGAACUUCUUUUUAACAGAAACUUGAACCAGUGAGUGGCCCAACGCAAGGACAGCACCACGUACAAAGUUCCCCGCUUAAAAUGUAUUCAAUAAUAGUAAUAAUAAUCUGUAGUGAUAAAUACUUUGAAUGCAUGUAUUCAAUUCUGCAAUUUCCUUACAGCAACACUAAAGGUUAAUAAAGUUAUUGAGAUCAACCCUUACCUACUGGGCACCAUGUCUGGAUGUGCCGCAGACUGCCAGUACUGGGAGCGCCUCUUGGCUAAGGAGUGCAGGUAAGGUAUUGGUAAAUGGACAUUUCUUGUGCUGUCUACCACGUCAACCUUCCAGAAUUAUGGAUUUAAGAUAAAUGCUUACAGUAAUUUUGUGUAUGUUCUUAUACUUCAUUUGUGAUAGACAUUUUUAUAUAUACUGUGUUGUGUUUUUUUCCCCCCAAGUCUUUUUAACUUUUGCCUUAUCGUUUAUGAAAAGUAAAAGGCACUUAUAUACAAAUACCCCUAUUAUCAAUUUAUUAUUAUAUUAAAUUUAAUUUAUUAUGCAUCCCUAAUAUAAGUACCUUCAGAAAUGUAAUUGGCAUUGAAGUUCCCUUGAUCAUGGAGGACAUAUUUAUUGGACAAGCUUUAAAAGCUUAUUUAUCUGUCUCUUCAACAGGUUAUAUCAGCUACGGAAUAACACCCGGAUAUCUGUGUCGGCGGCAUCGAAACUCCUGGGUAACAUGAUGCUCCAGUAUAGGGGACAAGGUUUAUCCAUGGGCAGCAUGAUCUGUGGUUGGGAUAAGAAGGUAAGAAACAGUACAAAUACAUUAACCACUACUGUUUUGCCAUGAGUGUUCUGGAGCCCCUCCAAUGUAAGUAGUUCAACUUCUUAUUUGAGGUCCACUGGGCACUGCUUCCACCUCUCUGCAACCUCCAGAGGAACCGGAAACUCCUGCUGGUAUUUUCCAUUUUUCUCCUGAGCAAAGUCCUACAGUGUAGGGCCAGCUCAUUGUCUGAGAGCAUCAGCUGACCGCUUUGAGCUAGUGAGCUAAGCCUGCACUACAAGGCUUAGCUCAGAGGUGAGAGCCUCCUGCUGCAGAGUAAGUGGAACCCAGGUAAGGAGUCAUACCAUUCAAAAAAUGGUACCACGGCAUUCCAGGCACCAUAACCACUACAAAGCGCUUUUGAUGCUUGUAGUGUUCUUUAAUAUGCAAUCUCUGGGUUCCCAUUGGUGGGUGGUCCAAAGCCUGAAGCCCAAUGUUUAUAUAAUCCAUUUGACUGAUGAAUAAAAACCCAUGAUAUGUUACAUAUUUAAGUUUAGCUCUAACACAGUUUUAUCAAGGCAUAUAGAAUAAAAAGGCCGGCACAGUACAGGGGGAUGGUAUAUAUGCAGUUUCAUUGUAUUUCCACAAAUGUAACAUCAAUCAAUCUUAGUUGAUGGAGAAUUUCUGAUCUGUGGGUUGCUAUCCCAGGUUUUUACAUCUCGUGCCCAACUUUUGAUGACACCAGCUUAGAAGUUUCCAUAAAACACACUUUGAGACAUUAAAUUAAUUUGCAGAACCACAAGGCAAUGCUGAGAAUUUCAGGCCAUAUGGCAGAACUUCUGCAGCUCUCAGGUUGGAGUACCCUUCAUUUUUACUAUAGAUAUGGCAAGUGGGGCCAAGCCUGGAUAAGUGUCUUGAUUGUGCCAAACUCAUCUGAGUGCUAGGUGAUGCAACAGGUCAACUUAUGGUCAACCAGCUAUGCAUACUUCUCAAUUUUGAUUGUAAUACUGCUACAUAUAUUCUACAUUGUGUUCUUAAAAAUAAUAGUGAUACUAAUAACACCUGGAAAUGUAUUUAUCGGCUUUUUAAUAGAUUCUUGUAGAGAACAGAGCAUUUUGUGGGAGAAUUUCAGAAUUAGAUACAAGUUAGACUGAAAUAUCCUGUAGAAAACAGGAUAACUUUUAUCAAUACACAUUUAAUUAUAGAGGUCAAAUAAUGCUGCAAUAUGUGUUUUCUCAUAGGGUCCUGGACUGUACUACGUGGAUGAAAAUGCUACAAGGUUGUCAGGUGACAUCUUCUCCACAGGAUCAGGAAAUUCCUAUGCAUAUGGGGUGAUUGAUAGUGGACAUAGGUAUGAUAUGACCACUGAAGAGGCCUAUGAACUGGCCCGUAGAGCUGUCAGCUAUGCAACUCACCGUGAUGCCUAUUCCGGAGGCGUAAUUAAUAGUAUGUACCAUCACUUGCUUUGUUGUAUUGUAUUACAUACUGUUUUGUCCCAUGUAUGUUGCUAUCCUCAAUCUCACUGCUACAUCCUUCCCUGCACACUGCCUGACCUGCCAUGGCCUAUCUUGAAAAAUCUCAAUGUAAUUUUUAUUUAAUGUACCACCAAGUUAGUAUAUAUUAAAUCAAAAUUAUAUGAUGGCAUUUAAAUGAGGGAUUAUGUGCUCAGUACCUUGGGAAAAUGCAGAUUAUACAAUUUGCAGCAUGUUGCACCAUAAGCCUCCACUGUAAGCCUGCCUCUGCAUCUGACCUAUAAAACAAAAUGCAUUAGAAGGAGAAGACACCCAGGGAAACUAGAUAUUUAUACUAAGGAUACAACUACCUUUUUUUAGUUUAAAAGCAGCUCACAUGGUGCCAGGCUUCCCAACAUUUCAAUUUUAGCGGGACAGUUCCAUUUUAUGGCUUAUGUCCUGCCGUCUAGACACCAGGGAACUAUCCCCAACAAGCAUAGGGCGAGUGCAUCAUUAGACACACUUAUGCUAUACUCUGGGAACUAGGACCCUGUAGAGAGCACUGAAACACAAUCCAAUUUUCGAAUAGAUCUGCCCCCUGUGAGGCAUAGUCAAGAUUGCAUCACUGGCCCACCCCCUUCACUCCCCUUCCACUCGCGUCCCGUUCUCUGUAGCGGCUGAGACUGUAUGCAUAGAUUUGAUAAGGAAGCCUUUCUUAUAUAAGGGCCGUGACUAAGUAGAAAGGCUUUUGGUACAGCAUUCUGCAAAACAUAUUUUUAUUUUUUGUGCAAAAAACUGUAAAGAUUUAAAAAGGCAAAAAAGAGAGCAUAUUAAAGGACGUCUAUAGGGUCAGGAACAUAAAUAUGUAUUCCUGAUUCUAUCGUGUUAAAACCACCAAUUAGGUGGCUUGCUCACCCCCACGCCCCAUCCCUUAGCCCCUUUAGAAAGGGUUAAAACAUACCUUAUUUCCAGCGCUGCGAGGAUCUGCUGGCGAUGGUCCUGCCUCCAAUCCGCCUCCUUAGUGACAUCAUCAGAAUAUAAGAUUUUUAACCAAUUAAAUGCUUUCCAUGCAGAAUGUGGAGACGCUGAAUGGCAGUGCUGACUACUGUGCAGCACUAUUCCAGGUAGCACCUCCAGGGGCCAAAUGAAGAGUUGCCACAGGAGGUAUCCCUAGGGGGCAAUAUAAACACUACCUUUUCUCUGAAAAUUAAAAUGCUUGCAGGGACUGAUUAUACUCACCAGAACAACUACAUUAAGCUGUAAUUGUUCUGGUGACUAUAGUGUCCCUUUAAUGAGAUCAAAACCCGAUUGUCCCUUUAAAUACUGUGUGAUUAUAGUGUAAGUAGGGAAUGUGUUAUUAUUUAUUAUACGUAGUUCAUCCCAUGGAUUUUCUCAAGUGACAUUUAGGUGUCAUGGCCUACUUCUCUCUAUCAUUCAUCACAACCUAAUGUAAUCUGCUCAAAUCUAUUCUGAUUUAAUCUAAUCUGAUCUAUCCUAGUCUAUUGUAUUUGUAUUUGAUAGCAGAACCAGUCAGAGGCCAAACUAAGUAUCACUGUUAACAUGAGUUUAUAAAAGAAUGAUACAAAAACAGACAACUCUUAGUUAGAAUCUGCAUAAAUGUAGUCACCGCUCGGAGGAUUCACAAGCCAAUCCUAUAAAUACCCACAAUUAAAGCAAACAUUUCACAGCAUUCAGUGAAUUAGGAGUUAGAAGCCCUUAUUACACCCCAACAGACCUUCCUCUCCUCUGGUUUUUGUAAAGGAAAAGAAAAUAACAGUGUUGCUCUAUUUCCCAAUUAUUUAAAACCAUAUUCUGCAUACACAUGCUGUGUGCAUAAUAUUUAUUCAUAUAAUGUGUUUGUGAAUAAGUCAAUACAGUGCUUUCCUUUACUCUCCCCUACAUAUUGUCCCUUCUUGUUGUUUGGAUGCCAGCAGAACAGUCUGUCCCCACACAUUGUGUCACAUCUAAUGUGUUCUUCUCCCUCCCCAGUGUAUCACAUGAAGGAAGAUGGGUGGAUUAAGGUUGGGCAGUAUGACGUAAGUGAAUUACUACACAAAUACGCUGAGCAGAAGACCCAGUGAUGAUCGAUAGUCCACGGGCUUCUAUCACAUGCAUGCUGGUAACAUUCUACUGAACUACUUACCACCCUACCCGUGACCCAUUUCCUGUCUGAGAUCCUUCAAGGCAACAUACAGCUCCUCUGGUCCUAGAGAUAAUGUGAUAUGUCUAUGACUAUUAUUCUGCAAACUGUAUAUUUUUUUUUUCAGAUUUUAUACCAAAUCAGGGAUUUGGAAAUAAAUAAACAUGAAAUAAA